CCUUGGGUCAGCUCUGCAAAGGGGGUGUUUACUGGAUGCUUCCGGUAUCUGCAGCACCACUGGGGUUCAGACAGGGGGUCUGGGAUAGGGCUUUGCAACUACAGCAGGGCUAGGACCCUCUUGGGCUGGGAGGAGAUAGGGAGGCUCCUGCAAGCUGUCACAGACUCUUGGUGCUGGCACUGGCUCGGGCUUUCACAUGCGCGCGCACACACACACACACACACACACACGGACAGGCACCCCCUUGGUGGCCUUCACAGUUUCACCUUCAGGUAAAUGGGCUCAUCCUUUGGGCCAUGAGGAUGGGAAGCGAAGCAAGGAAUGAAAAAGCUACUCUGUGUGUGUGUGUGUGCGUGCGUGUGCCUGUGUGUGCCUGGGAGUGACCUCACAGCUGCCGGAACAUAAAGACUCACAGGUCCGCCUCCCAGGCUCAAAGCUGGCUCUGCAGGGGACAUGAGAAGCACACUGAAGUCCCCCCUUCUGGCCUUCUCCCUCCUCUGCCUCCUCUCAAAGGUGUGUACCCAGCUGUGCUCGACACCAUGUACCUGCCCCUGGCCACCUCCCCGAUGCCCACUGGGAGUAGCCCUGGUGCUGGAUGGCUGUGGCUGCUGCCGGGUAUGUGCACGGCGGCUGGGGGAGCCCUGCGACCAACUCCACGUCUGCGACGCCAGCCAGGGCCUGGUCUGCCAGCCCGGGGCAGGACCCGGUGGCCGGGGGGCCCUGUGCCUCUUGGCAGAGGACGAUGGCAGCUGUGAGGUGAACGGUCGCCUGUAUCGGGAGGGGGAGACCUUCCAGCCCCACUGCAGCAUCCGCUGCCGCUGCGAGGACGGCGGCUUCACCUGCGUGCCGCUGUGCAGCGAGGACGUGCGGCUGCCCAGCUGGGACUGCCCCCACCCCAGGAGGGUCGAGGUCCUUGGCAAGUGCUGCCCAGAGUGGGUGUGCGGCCAAGGAGGGGGACUGGGGGCCCAGCCCCUUCCAGCCCAAGGACCCCAGUUUUCUGGCCUUGUCUCUUCCCUGCCACCUGGUGUCCCCUGCCCAGAAUGGAGCACGGCCUGGGGACCCUGCUCGACCACCUGUGGGCUGGGCAUGGCCACCCGGGUGACCAACCAGAACCGCUUCUGCCGACUGGAGACCCAGCGCCGCCUGUGCCUGUCCAGGCCCUGCCCGCCCUCCAGGGGUGGCAGUCCACAGAACAGUGCCUUCUAGAGGAGGGCUGGGAAUGGGGACAUGGUGUCCACCAUCCCCAGCAGGUGGCCCUGUGCCUGGGCCCUGGGCUGAUGGAAGAUGGCCCCUGCCCAGGCCUUUGGCUGCAGGCAACACUUUAGCUUGGGUCCACCAUGCAGGACACGAAUAUUAACACCCUGCCUGGUCUGCCUGGACCCUGAGGUACAGUGGAGGCGCAAGACCUAGUCCCCUUUCCUCUAACUCACUGCCUAGGAGGCUGGCCAAGGUGUCCAGGGUCCUCUAGCCCAUUCCCUGCCUACACACACAGCUUAUAUCAAACAUGCACACAGGCGAGCUCUCUCUCCAACUUCCCCUGGGCAAGAGAUGGGACAAGCGUUCCCUUAAUAUUGAGGCUGCAGCAGGUGCUGGGCUAGACUGGCCAUUUUUCUGGGGGUAGGAUGAAGGAAGGCACACAGAGAUUCUGGAUCUCCUGCUGCCUUUUCUGGAGUUUUGUAAACUCGUUCCUGAAUACAAGCCUAUGCAUGA